AUGGAUAAGAGUUGGAUACUGAAGCCUCGUACUACACUUGAGUAUAAGAAAGGGCUACAAAUAUUUUUAGACUUUGCAUUUUCUAAUGUGUCAUCUGAUAAUAGGAUUAAGUGUCCUUGUUCUAGUUGUGGGUUUAGACUAUAUCAGACAAGAGCAGAGGUGUUUGAUCAUCUGUUGUUCAGUCCUUUUCCGACAGGUUACACUGUUUGGUUAUUACAUGGUGAGAAGGAUGUAGGAGAAACUUUAACCACUAGACAUAAAAGUCAACAUAUUAACGCUCGUGAUAAUCCAAUGCAAGACAUGGUUAAUGAUGUUUUCAAUUUCUAUGGACAACCUGCAAACCAAGAACAUGACACAUCGCAUGGACCAGUAACCGAAGGCGAAAAUGACAUGUUGCCUUUACCUGAUGGUCCAAAUGAUAAAGCUAAAGAGUUUUAUGAGUUAAUGAGGGAUGGGGAACAAGAACUUUAUCAAGGGUGUGUGAAGUACUCAAAGUUGUCUUUUCUAGUGAGACUUUAUCACAUUAAGUGCAUGUGUGGAAUGAGUGAUAAGGCCAUGACGAUGAUAAUAGAGUUGUUGCAUGAUGCCUUUGAGAAUGCAAAGAUCCCCAAGUCAUUCUAUGAGGCCAAGAAGACUAUUAAAAAAUUUGGUCUUAGUUAUAAGAAAAUACAUGCAUGUCCAAAUGAUUGCAUGUUAUAUAGGGGAGAAGAUAAAGAAAGACAAGAAUGCAAGCGAUAUGGCACAUCUAGAUGGAAGGUUAAUGCUAAGAAAAAUUUUUCCAGUGAUCUUGAAGCACAUAAAAAGAAGACACUGCAACCUGCAAAAGUUCUUCGUUAUUUUCCUCUAAUUCCACGACUGCAAAGGUUGUUCAUGUCUAGUAAGACGUCUACUGAUAUGAGAUGGCAUAGUGUUGAUUGCCAUAAGGAUGGCUUAUUGAGGCAUCCAAGAGAUGCUGAAGCAUGGAAAUUUUUUGACUUCACAUUUCCUGAAUUUUCUCAAGAUCCACGUAAUGUCCGUCUUGCCUUAGCGAGUGAUGGGUUCAAUCCUUUUGGACAUAUGAGCGCUAAUCAUAGCAUUUGGCCAGUGGUUCUCAUUCCGUACAACACCCCUCCUUGGGUAUGCAUGAAACAGUCUAACUUCAUUCUCUCAAUGAUAAUUCUAGGUAUGAAAAUGUCAGUGAAUGAUAUUGAUGUUUACUUACAACCUUUGAUUGAUGAAUUGAAUGAGUUGUGGGAUGGUGUUCAAACCUUUGAUGCUUUGUCAACUGAAACUUUCAAAAUGAGAGCAGCAUUGAUGUGGACAAUUAGUGAUUUUCCAGGAUAUGGUAUUUUGUCUGGGUGGAGCACGUAUGGUAAGUUUGCUUGUCCCACGUGUAAUAUCGAUACCAUACCCUGUCGACUUCAACAUAGUAGAAAAUGGUGCUUUAUGGGCCAUCGUCGGUUUCUAAAUGCUGGUCACAAGUUUAGAUUGGCCAAGGUCUGA